CCUAACUGUGAUCCAAACACAAGACAUUCCAAAAAAUGGCAGGAACCGUUGAAAAGAUUUUCAUUCUUGGAUUUCUAAUCACAGGUAUAAGAAGCAGCUGUAUUUUCCCAGAAUUCCUUCAGAGUCCCUCUGAAGAUGGCUCUCUAAAACCAUGGAGUACCCGGAUGUGGUGGCUCAACCUACGUCACGUGCCGAAAUGGGUUGAGAAACAGGAUGUGUUCAUAGAGGGGGCGUGGGUGUGGCGUCACCGUGACAACAACCUCAAGUCAUGUGACAGGGUGGCGAGAAAGGUUUACUAUAAGAGUAGUUUCGGACACUGUUCAGAACGGAGACUUGUGUACAACCGGACUUGUCUGGCGUCAGAGGGAUACAAUAAGUUCAGAGUGGUUCAGUACGAUACUGACAGUAUAAUUAUCGUAUCUAUAUCUGCAGGUAAAUCUAUUCGCCGUGUCCCUGUGCAAACUAACAACACGCAUCUCUGA